AUUCCUCCCUCCCUCCCUCCCUCCCUCCAUCCAUCCAUCGCAGUCGCAAUACUCCGUGCACCAAAUCUUAUUAUUGCACUGCGCCUAUCCCAUUCCAUUGUAUUCGCGCAUCGGCAACCGUACGUUGUAUGGAUUCACGAAAUUAACCCAAUUAGACGGUCUAGUUCGAAAAUCAUUUCUUGCGCCUCAUGAUAAGACGUCGACGACAUAUCUACCUACCUACCAAUCCCACUUGUUCUCUCCUCUCCAUUCAAUUGGUCGGCUGAGGAAAUAAUAUAUCCUCUUCUUACAUCCCGAGGUCCUUUUCUUCCCCUCCUCCCGAAUUUGGUUAUCACAUCAUAGUCUUGGCUGUCAGCUCAUUUUCACAAUCUACCGGUCCAUUCAACAUUGAUGUUCUUCGCGUGAAUUGCGCAUUCAAUUCACCGGAGAGACUGAUAUUAUACUGGCGGAAUAUAUGACGAUGUCGGAAAAGGUCGAACGUCAAGCACUGGGCGAUAUGUCAAAUGAUGCUGCUCAUCCAGCUCAGGAAGGCUCAGCGCAAACUGGUACACAUCAAAACGGCACAGCUUACCCAGUCCAAGAAAAACCAGCGCAAAUUGGUAAACAGCAAAAUGGUGCAGCCCAAGAAGGUUCGGCGCAAAAUGAUGCACAGCAAAACGACACACAACAAAAUGGUACACAACAAAAUGGCGACGCAAAGAAACAACAUCCAGGUCAAUUGAAAGCAGCCAAGGAAAAACUUACCUCAAAACAACAAAAGUUAAGGGAUAAGAACAACCCACCUGGUGGUUAUGAUGCGACGCCCGUUCCAACUGCGCGGGAUGGUUAUACCGUGCGAUUUACCUUUCACAGAGCCGAGAAUCUUCCUGCGUCGGAUCUCAACACUCGAUCUUCCGAUCCUUUCAUUAUAGCCAGUCUGACAUCGUCUCUAUUGAAACGACACAAGGAUGAUCCAGAUCUCGUCCUGCGAACACAAACUAUACACGAGAAUACAAAUCCGGAAUGGAAUAAGACUUGGACGGUGGCUGGGAUCCCCGGGAGUGGUUUCCGUCUAAAAUGUCGUUUAUAUGAUGAAGACCCGGCAGAUCAUGAUGAUAGAUUGGGAAAUGUUACAAUUUAUGUGGAAUCGCUUGGUCCAAAUUGGCAGGGUUUCAGAGAAAAAGCAUUUGAUGUUAAGAAGAGGAUGGGUAGCAAGAGAGCAUAUGGUGUGAGAGCUUGCGCUGCUAUGUUUGACAAUAACGUACAUAUGGAUGGUACGCUUUACUUAAGCGCGGAAUGUUUAGGACCAUCUGAGAAACCAUAUGGCAGAAUGUAUACAAUUGGGGAAACAUAUUUCUUCAAGCAUUAUUCACCCAUGAUUGGAAGAUUGGCUGGCACUAAAGCUCCUGGAAGUUCGUCGGAUGGAAAGCCCCCAACUGAGAAAUAUGAGUAAGUAUUUUAUCUAAUUACAAUGACACGAAUGCUAACAACUCAGUUUUCAAGCAAAUCAAAUACAACUUCAAGGUCCAGUACCUGCGGAAUUAUACCAUCGAUUUGUCGAAUUUAAACCUUUCGUAAAAGGAAUGUUUUCAGGAGCAGGUCUUCGAGGGCGAGUCUUGAACAAAGCCCUUCAUCACCAACAUGCCCGUGUAUAUAAUUUCAGCAACAGCACAGAAUAUGGAGUGUUCCCGACCAAAUCCCAAGAAGCCUCACUGCAAUUCCUCAAAAUGGUGCAUUUUGACGAAGGAGGAAGAAUAUUCACUUAUGUUCUCUCGCUUGAUGGACUUCUUCGAUUUACCGAAACGGGUAAGGAGUUUGGGGUUGAUCUAUUAUCGAAACAUACCAUGCAUAGUGAUGUAAACAUUUACAUAGCAUGUUCUGGAGAAUUUUUCGUUCGUCGUUUAAAGCACCCACAUCGAUCGAUUGACGAUCCUAGCCAAUCUAGUCACCCUAUUGAAGAAUUUCCCGGAGGACCACCAUUUGAAGCUCCUCCUAAGGAUCCCAGUCACUAUGAACUCGUAAUCGACAACGAUAGUGGCACUUACCGACCAAACGGCUCCCUUCUUCCUCUCCUUAAAAAAUUCCUGAAUGAGAAUUUCCCCGGUCUCCACAUCGUCACCAAAGAAUGCACGGAUGAACAUCUCCAAAAAAUGAAACAAGGACAGCGAGAAAGAAAGAAGAAGGAAGGAAAGGAAAUUAACAUGGUGCAGAAUUCAGAUGAUGAUAUUAGUAGUAGUGAUGAAGAUGAUUUGAAUGAUUUGACGAAUUCCGGACGAAGAGGGAAAAGUAAGAGAGAGAGAAUUGUUGCAGGUCUUGAAGAUCCUAGUCAAGCGUUAAAGGAUAUGAAGAAGGAAUUUAUUCCUGGAAGGGAAAGAGUCGAGAGAGAGGAAAAUGAAGAUAUACCUGAGGUAGCUUGAUCUUGAUGAUGGUUAUGGUUUUGGUGGAAAGGAAGGAAGGGUUUUGAUCAUGUUUGUUGAUUGAUUGAUUGAUGCUCUGAACUCUUCUACUCAUACAGUGAAGUGAAGUGUGCUUCACGAUGGAGGGUUUUUAUUAAUUAGGGAUGUGAUGGAUUUCUACAGUGCAGGGGAAGAAUUAAUGGAUAUGGAUGGAUGGAUGGAUGAAUGGAUGGAUGGUGAUAUAACGCUGGGUAUAUAUUAUGCAUGGUAGGUAAAUGAAGAGGUAAUCUUUACAUAAACGUCUUCCUCCCCCUUACGGAAUAAAUCAACCCAUCCACCCACCCACCCAUAAACCCAUAGCAUAAUUAACGAGACGACAACUUUUCUAUUCUUUUCUUUUUAUUCCUUUGAUACCCUCUCCUAGGACCCAUCUACUUGUCUACUUU